AUGGACGGAGACUGGGACGAGGUCGCUCGCAUCCCCUUUCCGCCUCCGGGCGUCCACGCCAUGGCGACGCCCGUGACGAACAUGACCUUUGACACGUCUCAAGAGCUGUUAUGGACCGGCAACGACUACGGCCGCGUCACGUCGUUCUACGGCAGUGAGUUGCAGCGCUACACGUCAUUCAAGGCCCAUACGACACCCGACGGCCCGGUUAGGCAAAUUCUCGUCAACGACAAGGGUGUUGUGGUACUGGGAUCUCGGGACAUUCACAUGGCUUCACGGAAGGGCCCUCCGAUAUGGCAUAUAAGACAUGAUGAUAUGAAAGACUUACGAUGUAUGAGUUUUACGUCCAAGGGGACAUCCGAAAUUCUUGUUGCCGGAUUCCAGGACACCAUGUUUGUGAUCGACCUUGCUAAAGGAGAGGUGGUCAAGCAGAUUCCGACCGCGCACUCAUACAAAGUCAUGAAAAAGAGCAGAUACAUCUGUGCCGCCACAAAGGACGGCACAGUCAACCUGAUUGACGCGGCCAACUUCUCCCUCGUUAAGAGCUGGAACGCCCACUCCGCCUUGAUCAGCGAUAUGGAUGCGCAGCAUGACUUCAUCGUCACUUGCGGUUAUUCGCUGCGACAGGGGCAGAACUACAUGCUUGACCCGUUCUUGAAUGUCUUUGAUAUCAAGAAAAUGUCGUCCAUGUCGCCGAUUCCGUUUCCUGCAGGGGCUGCAUUUGUCAGAAUGCACCCAAGAAUGUCGACGACUAGUAUCGUCAUGUCCCAGAGUGGUCAAAUGCACGUUGUCGACCUGAUGAAUCCAAACACUAGCAAUGUGCGGCAGGCCAACACGAUGACAUACCUGACCAUGUUCGAAAUCGCCCCAUCUGGCGAAGCCGUGGCUCUGGCAGAUGCUGAUUACAAUAUACACAUAUGGGGUUCCCCUUCGAAGCUCCGCUUCGUUGAUUUUGCGUCGCAGACCGAGUUCGCAACUCCGGAAGAGCCUUUGCCUACGAUAGAGUGGGCUGCUGACACACCCCUCAAUUCUAUUGGCAUGCCCCAUUACCGUGAGGCGUUGCUGUCCGCAUGGCCAGAUCUUCUCUCUGAUGUUGGGGCUCCUCCGACCAAACUUGAACCACAAUUUGUUGCGGGCCUCAAACAGUCCGAAUUUGGCCACUAUGGCCGGAAUUCACGGGGUCUUCGAAGAAACCAAGUCGAGGAUACCCGGAACUUGGAUAGAGGAAACACUUCGGGAAUUCUUGCUCCCAAAUUCCUGAGCGAGAAGGCUAGAGAGUUUGCCAUGACCUCUGUUGGCUUUGCUAGCGGCGAUGAAAAUGUUGACGACGUUGGUCACUCCCUGAUGCAAAUGGAAAUCGACCCCACGAAACAAGAAUGCCAUCCGAUGUACCGCAAUGUUGAGAUCAAGUACAGCAAGUUUGGUGUUGACGACUUUGACUUCGGAUUCUACAAUAGAACGCAGUACUCUGGACUCGAGAUCCACAUCGCCAACUCCUACGCCAACUCUUUGCUGCAGGUCAUGAAUUUUACGCCUCUGAUCCGGAACAUGGCUCUCCAACACGCGGCUACUGCGUGUGUUGCUGAUACCUGCCUGCUAUGCGAAUUGGGUUUCUUGUUCGAUAUGCUCCAGAAGGCCGAAGGUUCCAUCUGUCAAGCAACCAAUAUGCUGAAGACGCUCAGCCACCACCCCCAAGCCGGCCCUCUUGGCCUCCUUGAAGAAGAUCCCAAUGGCUCAACUUUAACAGUGAUGCUGCAGGGCCUGACGAGAUUUCUCUUGGAAAAGAUGGUCCAGGAUUUUCGUUCCAUCCCGCCUGGCUCGAAUAUGAUGGAACAGAUGCUCGCGACUUCAGCAACGAGCUCCAUUAGGUGUAUGAACUGCAGGUCCGAAUAUACGCGUCCUGGAUCGACUUUUGUUAAUGAUCUGAUGUACCCGCAAUCAACAGGGACAGGGAAGAACGCCAGCCGGACUCAGAAAGCGCCGAAGGUGACGUUCUCACAAAUCUUGAAGUCCAGUGUCGAGAGGGAGACAACUUCGAAGGGUUGGUGUAGUAGAUGCCAGCGGUAUCAGACUAUUGCAACCCGCAAGACUAUCCACAACAUCCCCGCCGUUUUCAUGCUGAAUACAGCAAUCGGAAACUCGGAGCAGAGGCGUUACUGGUCGACACCUGGAUUCCUUCCCGAGGAAAUUGGCGUCAUAGUAGACCACGGCCAAUUCUUCUGCUACGAGGGAGAGGAUUUAAAGCUCCACCUGCAGCGCGGUAUCCAUAACAUAACUGUGUAUUCGCUAGUAGGCAUGGCCAUGAAUAUUGACCCAGGUCCGGGUCAAAAGCCUCAUUUGGUCGCAAUGGCCAACGUUGCCCAUGCCCAGCCAACAGCCCCGACGACAAGUCAAUGGCAUUUGUUUAACGACUUCCUCGUUCGGUCCGUGAGCAUCGAAGAAGCACUUUCGUUCCACCCGCCCUGGAAGACGCCCUCGGUAAUCGCUUUCCAAGUCAAGGAGGCGAAUAACAAGAUAGACAUGGACUGGAAGAAGAAUAUCGAUACUUCCCUCUUGUAUGAGGAUAACAACCCGCAUAACGAUGGAAAGACGUAUCGUGCACUCGAUUCGGCGGUUGAAAGGCCCGGACCGGAGAGUAUUGUCGCUUUAGACACGGAAUUUGUCGCCGUCCGUCAGCCUGAAAUCGAGAUGAACUCCGACGGCGAGAGAGAAACGAUUCGGCCAAUCGUGUACGCGCUCGCUAGAGCUUCUGUCAUUCGGGGACAAGGAGAAGAAGAAGGCCUGCCCUUCAUCGAUGACUAUAUCUCGAUCAGAGAGCCAAUCGUUGAUUACCUGACAUCGUACUCGGGUAUUACCCACGAUGACCUGGAUCCACGCAUCUCAAAGCACAAUCUCGUGCCGCUGAAGGUUGCCUACAAGAAGCUCUGGAUCUUGCUGAACCUGGGUUGCAAGUUUCUUGGUCAUGGCCUCAAGCAGGAUUUCAGAGUGAUCAACAUUCAUAUACCAAGGUCUCAGGUCAUCGACACAAUCGAUCUUUUCUUCUUGAAGUCUCGCCUACGGAAGCUUUCGCUGGCUUUCUUAGCGUGGUACUUGCUGAAAGAGGACAUCCAGCUGGAGACUCAUGACUCUAUCGAGGACGCCCGGACAGCAUUAAAGCUAUAUCGGAAGUAUUUGGAGUUUGAGGAUGCAGGUAUCCUUGAACCGAUGCUUCAAGACAUCUACCGGGGCGGACGAGACGUCAACUUCCGGCCGCCUGCUAGGAGCGGACAGGCCGCUGAUGUCCAAAGAACAGAUACGCCUCCUCCCCUACCCAAUGACGGGACUGCUGUAGCUCCCUCUACACCCGGCGCUCCGGGAGUUGGGACUUCGUCGAGUGGCGGUUUCGGGGCGGGUUCGACAUGGACGCCGGGGAAGGGAUCGCCGCUUCGAUGA